GCGUCGGGGCGGGGCCUCUCGCCAGGAGCCCUACUCCCAGCGGACCACGGACCACGCCUUCCUCAUGAGCUGCGCCGCGAAGCUCUCGGAGUACUUCCUGCUGCUGGAGGACGGCACCUUGUGCGCCCCCAACUUCAUCACCACGUUCAGUGGAAAGCGGACACCCUGGGGUCCCAGCCCUGGGCGCUCCUGGAGUUCUCCAACCUGGGCUUCCAGGGCAGGCUCUUCCGCAGCGGGGACCCCCGGUGCUGGCCCACUUCCUCCUCCUCUUCUACGGGGAGAAGCCCCUCGCCAGGCUCCUCCCUCACUUCCGCACCCUCCUGGCCCAGAAGGAGCCGAUCCUCUGCAGACCGUUCCUGUUCUACCACCGAGUCCCCUACCAUGCGCCGAACGACACAGCCAGAAGGCCUCGGGCACGCAGAAAAAGAGCCCCUAAGCCCCUGGCAACCCACCAGGAGCCGUGUUCACAGACAUGAAGGUUUUUGAGGUCCAUUUCCCCUGGCAGGCCUACAGUCUGGACGAGUCCUUCUUUUGGGCCCACAGCGCAGGGAACCACCUGACUGUCAUCCUGAACCACCCAGCGGACCUGAGGAGGGUGCAGGUACUGCCGGGCACCAUCGUGGAUGGCAAGCACGCCCUGGAGAAGGGGCAGGUGGAGCUGGGCUACGAGCCCGAGGGGACACCGCAGCGCUGCACCAGCCUCGCCUUGCUGGGCCACCUCCUGGAAGGGCAGCUGGAUCAGGAGGUAGUUCCACGGAGCGUGGGGCACGAGUUUAGGGCCACGAGAGGAGGAGACGGCAGCUGGGACUUUAUCCAGCAAGGGAAAAAGCAGAGAAAGGAAGAGAGGAAAGAGAAUGUCGGCUGUUGGUGUCCAGGGGCUCGUCUUUUGGAAUCCCGGUUCUUGGACGCCGUGCCUCAAGGUGUCGGGUGGAGCCGUGGUAAGACGCUCGCGGGCCGGCCUGCGAGUGCACAGGGCCUCGGCCUCCACUGCCCUCGCGGGGACAAUCUCCGGGGCCCAGGGACUGAGACGCUCUCCCUCGGCUCCCGGGCAGGCGCACCCGCAGCAGCUCCAGCCGGAGCCCCUAGGCGGCGCGGCUCACCUUUCCUUGAGGCCGGUCCUCACACCCGUGGGGCUCACCCGGGACCACGGGCGCCGCUGCGGGCGGAGGCCACCCUGCGCUACCUUGGAAGGAGGGCAAGGGCGUUGGAAGGUUGGAGACGGCCCACUGCCCGGCGGAAUCCCGCAUCACAGUUCUGCCCGCCCGGAGCGUGGGAACAGCGGACGGAGGAUGCAGAAGUGCGGAGAGACGGCUUAACAUCCGGGUCCUCACUCUCGUCCUCGCCAUCCUCCCACCCUGUGCCCCUCUUCACGGUCUUCCAAGGCGGCCAGGUCCUCAGGGGACUCCUGUCCUCCCCCCUGGCACCCACACACUGGGCACCGGGGGGGGCGUGGCUGGGGCCUCAGCCGACCAUGCAGACACCCACCCCCCUCCGCUGUCUCCCGGCGCCACCGUGGGGCUGGUGGCUGAUGUCGAGCUAAGGAGAACCAGCAAGUAGCACUAGUGCCUGCGUCUGUUCCCUGGAAGUUGUCUGUACAAGGGUUCUUAUAACUGGGAAGGGCGGUCACCUGCGGUUGGUCUGCCAGCCUGCAAGAAACGGAGGCACAGAGCAACGUGCUGCCCACCACCAGGGAACAGAACUCCAGAACGUGGGGCAUUCAAGACGGCGAGACGAGUCCCUUCAAAAUCACAGUCCAGAAAAAGGGUGGCUGCUUUAUGGCAAAAAAUUUAAGACACAAAUAAAUACAACACUUGGUCCUCGAUUAUAUGCUGACUGAAAAACUGACUCAAAUUUUGUGGCAACUGGGAAAGUCUGAAUACUGAUUAGGUAUU